GUCCUCCCCGAGCGCUGCGUCCUCCAACCUGCUCACAUCUUUGGCACCGAAACGCAAGACGAAAAAGAAACAUUUCGUACAACAGAAAGUGGAAGUUUUCCGAGCAAGCGAUCCAGUUUUGAGCGUGCUGAUGUGGGGUGUCAAUCAUUCGGUAGAUGACCGAUUUGUGCCACGUGCCUUCACCUGUUAUGCUGCUUCCAGACGAUUUCAAAGCGAAUACGAAGAUAAAAGUCACCAACCACUUUUUCAACAAAGAAAACCUGCCAGGUCAGUUCAAGUUCAAAGAAUACUGCCCCCAGGUGUUCAGGAAUCUGCGUGAGCACUUUGGCAUCGAGGACCAGGAUUUCCAGGUGUCUCUAGCCCGCAGCGCUCCUCAUAAAGUGGAGGAGGGUCAGGGCGGAGGUUUGCUGCUCACCUCGUUUGACCGCACUCUGGUGGUCAAAGAAAUUUCCAGUGAAGAAGUGGAGGAAAUACACAACAUUCUGUCUGAAUACCACCAGCACGUCGUCCUGUUCCACGGCUCCACGCUGCUGCCUCAGUUUUUGUCCAUGUACCGAGUGUCUGUGGAGAAUGAGGACACGUACCUGCUCGUGAUGAGGAACAUGUUCAGCCAUAGACUCAGCCUGCACCGCAAGUACGACCUCAAGGGCUCUUUGGUGUCUCGGGAGGCCAGCUGUAAAGAGAAGGUGAAAGAGCUGCCCACGUUUAAAGACAUUGACUUUAAGAAUAACCUACAGAAAAUCUACAUGGACGAAGACGAGAAGGAGAAACUCAUGGACAAACUCAACAGAGACAUCGAGUUCUUGGUGCGUUUGAGGAUCAUGGAUUACAGUCUGCUGCUGGGGAUUCAUGACAUUGAGCGGGCAGAGAGAGAAGAGACAGUGGAGGAGGAGGAGGAGAGUGAGGAAGAGGAGGAGGACGAAGAGAACGCUCCGGUCCAGUACUCCAGCUCUCCGGAGGGAAUCGCGGGAUACAUGAACUCAUUCAAACCUCUGGGGCCCGGAGAGUUUGACCCCUAUGUGGACGUGUACGCCAUUCAGAGCGCAGUGGACUCUCCGAGGAGGGAGGUGUAUUUCAUGGGUCUAAUUGACGUUCUGACUCAGUACGACACAAAGAAAAAGGCCGCUCAUGCCGCCAAGGCCGUCAAACACGGGGCAGCAGCUGAGAUCUCCACUGUGAAUCCAGAGCAAUACGCCAAACGAUUCAAAGACUUCAUCACAAGCAUCUUCGCCUGAGAAUCAAACUUUAGACCUCCAGAAGCUGUGCCUAGGGCCAAAAGUGCCAUUUUA